UUUCAGAUGAUGAAAAAAUAAACAAUUGCAGCCAAUUAUAGUUAAACAUUACUCUAUUUUAAAUAAAUAUUAAAAAUAUUUAUUCAGCAAAUAGUUUUCUAAAGUAUAUAAAUAUAUUUUAAAGCUGUAAUGGGUGAAAUAUCCAAUUGUUUGUAAACUAAAAGUGAAGCCAUAUAUCAACAUUUUUUACUUAUAGUCAAUGCAAAGGCUUGGUUUUGUGACAAUUUAAUAGAAAGUAAACACAAAUAUGUCGGAUAUCCAAUUGAAAGAAAACUAUCCCUUUGUAAUGAGUGAAAGUCGUCCUUUUAUUGAGGAAUGGAAGCGCUGGUGUCGCCUCUGUGCAAAAGCUGAUGCACAAUACAUAAACGUAUUAUCGGGACAAUAUGUGCAAUCUACGUCAACAACUAGUGAUAGCCACAAUGCAUUUAACAUGCUAGUUGUUAUAGAGGAAUUCUUUCAAGUGCAAAUUAAGGAAGAUGAAAAACUUCCUCCCUUUGUUUGCACGGAAUGCUAUAACAUAGUGAUAUCCUUCAUCAAAUUUAAAGAUAAUAUUAAAAAAGUGCAACAACUAUACGAUGAUCUGCUACAUGGCGAUGAUAAAUCAAAAGUAAAUUUGCCUAAUUUGUAUGAAAAAUUUGGUUUAUACGGGGAGGAGACUUUUCCUGCACAAAUUAAUACUAAAUUACCAGUGGAAGAAGUAUUCAUUGCUGAUUCGCCCGUUCCGAAAACUACUAAUACUGCAAUUGAAAUAAAAAAUGAAAGGGAACCUGAUGAGUUCCCUACAGAGGUAUUUAUUAAAGAAUUUGAAAAGAAAGACGAAUUUCAAGACCCGUUCGGUGAAGAAGCCGUUCGAAUGGACAUAUCUUCUCCAGGGCAUGAAGAUAAUAAUUAUAGUGGAAACGAUGAUUAUAGUAAAGAAGACUCAUCAGAUGAUGAUGAAGAGGAAGAGGAGUACAAAAGUAAAUUACGAAAAAAUUACAGUAUGGAAUCGGAAGACUCUACCGAAACUUCUAAAGAGAGCAUUAAAUACACUUGCAAAAUUUGUUCGAAGUCAUUUCAACGGAGUGGCAACUAUUCCGUGCAUAUGAAAAAGAAACAUAAACAAAUCAUAUGUCCACAAUGUACUAACUCCUUUGAUAGUGAAUCAAGUUUAAAAGUUCACAUGAAAGAUCACCGACAGUUAUUCCCCUGCCCACAUUGCGAUCGCAAAUUUCAAAUAAAAGACUAUGUAGCUCAACAUAUAAAAUUUGUGCACGAAGAUGAGCGACCAUUUAUUUGUGAAGCAUGCGGUGAUGCUGUACGUACAAAAGGUCAGCUUAAAGAACACAUGUUGACGCAUACAGAUUAUUCACCUUAUGAAUGUAAAGAUUGCGGAAAAUGUUUCAAACAGAAGCAACGAUUGAAGCGACACAUGCAAAUACAUGGCGAUAAACAUAUUUGUACUGAAUGUGGUAAACAAUUGAGCACGCGCGCCACGCUCAACAGCCAUUUACUGGUGCAUUCCGAUAAGAUGCCACACAAAUGUGAUUACUGCGGACGGCUUUUUAAGCGUGCCAAAACGCUUAAAAAUCAUCUAAUAGCACAUACUGGCCUCAGACCAUAUUCAUGUGAUUUUUGUGACAAAACAUUUUCAACUGGGCCAAGCUGUCGCUUUCAUAAAAAAACGAUGCAUCCUGUUGAAUUAGCUGCACUUGAAGCUUCUGGCGUGAAAACUUACACCAAAAAUAUACCUAACUUGGAUGUAUUAAAGGCAGUCUCAAGGACUGCUGAGAAUCUAACGCCAUUAUCCUCUAAGCAAAAUGGUUGUGUAUAUUUUGAUAAAAAAAACCGAUAAUCCUGUGGAGGAUAUAGUCAAGAAGCCGGAUGAUAUUGCCAUGACAGUCGAUAAUAAUUUUCAAAACAAACCAAAUGAUGUUGUUACUACAGCAAAUACUUAAUUAACAAAUAAUACCAGUUAACAAAAUUGUAUUAUCUACUACUUUUACAAGUUAAACAUCAUUAUUUCUUUAAUUCCCUAAUUAAAAAAUAUAUGUUUACGCACCAGCUACAUGUUUUUGAAUUGAAACUCUUUUUGCAAAUUCAUAAAUAUGUUAAAAACAAAUGCAUGAUCUACUUCCUUGAGUGAAUUUAAUAUUUUUAUAGUGCGGGAUUUAGAAAACAUCCUUUGCUUUAAAGAAUUAGGGAAGCAUGAAAAGUUUAAUGAGCCUCGCUACGCCUCGCCUGGAAUACAGGUGCUACGACAUCGAAUACAACUUUUUAUUCAUUGAUUACGCCUUUAGUCGUGUUCGUCUAAAUGUACUAAAAGCAAAAACAAAAUACACUGUAAUAAUGUCACCUUAAUUACUUUGAAUUAUUAUUAACGCAUAUCAUUUCAUACAUAGAUCAUAAUUUUCAAAUUAAAACUCCGAAGCCGUUGGCAUACAAAAUCUUUUUUUAUUGCGUGAGUAUUUCAACCCGGACAGCAGAGCCAAAAAUCAUGAACUCUAUAGUUCAAAUUUGUUUUUCUGCCACGCAAGUUUUAUCUGCCAUAGUCGUAAGGUGAAGCAAUUCGAUACUCUUAUGUGACCAGCGUUUUAAAGAAGAAAUGUUUGUGGUUAAGCUCGAAAAGCUUUUGAGUCGUGCAAUAUUUUAUAAAAUAAGGAUAAAAUGUAAAUUAGUGAAAUUGGUCGCAAAAAGUUGAAUUUGUCAGAAGAGGAACGCUUAUUGCGUAGAAGGUAUCACAUGAAAAAAGUUUAAGAAAAACAAAAACUCGCUAAAAACGAUUGAACGUAAAAAAAAUUAAAAUUAGCAGUAUGUGAGGCAAAUCAAAAAGUAGAGCACUUGGAAAAAUAUAGUAAAGGCAGAACGAGCAAACCUAGUGGACCCGGAGUUCGGUGAGACAAUUAAUAUGCUAGCUGUAAUAGAGAAAUUCAUUCAAGUGCAUAUUAAAGAAGAUGAGAAACUAUCUCCCUUAUUUGCAUCGACAGUUGUUUUCAUGGCCACGUUGGGAUCGCAAAUUUCAAAUAAAAGACUGUAGCUCAACAUAUAAGAUUUGUGCACAAUGAUACUAUUGAUACUGAUACUAUUUUCCCGAAGCAUCUGUAAACAAACAAUCAUAUAACGUGACAACUUCAUCUUCUAUAAAUACGUCUUGGUAUUAAGAUGUAGUUACAUAUUACUAAAGAAAUUUAUAUCCAA